AUGGCCACUCACGUUAUGACCGCUACCACCACCCCCUCUCUCAACCAAAUCUCCGUCUAUGGCAACCCCUCUCCUGUCAACUCUGGCGCAAACACUCCUGCCAACAACUCUCCUACCUCUCCUCGCCAGCAGUACCUCCCUCUCCAGACCCGCCAGCUCCGUCCUCCCAAGGCCCCUCUCUAUGUUCCCGCUGCCUUGCGCCCGACUGAGCGCCCAUCGAAGCCCUCGCCUCCUACUCCUCCCCGUAGCGUCCACGGCUCUCUUGACAGCCUGAACGACGGAGAAACCGGCGAGACCGUCACUCGUCGCGCAACCAUGGAAAGCUUUCACAGUGGCAGCGCUAUCAGCAAGACGGCCGAGAAUGAGUGGAUGAAGAAUGAACACCUCGGAGAGGUCACCGGUCUCCCGACUAGGGAACACUGGAAGGCGGACUCUGCUUCUCGAAGCUGUGACUCUCCUUCCUGUCGAUCCUCUUUCGGUCUCUUCCUCCGUCGCCAUCACUGCCGCCAUUGCGGUCAUGUCUUCUGCUCCUCUCACACCCCUCACAUGGUCCCUCUUGACCAGGAAGCGCGCUUCCACCCCGACGGCGUCCCUUCUCGUGCAUGCGACCUCUGCUGGAGUGCGUACCAGCGCUGGGAAGAAGUUCGCGUCGAGCGCCUAAACAAGAUACAGCAUCAGAUCGACUCUGAGGAUGAACAGAGCACUGAUGGCCACAGCGCAACUGGUGUUGAUGCCUCGCUGGCCGAGGGACGCAAGCAGUCGCAUAAGACCCCCGAGCAGACCGGUCAGACUGGCCAGACCGGCCAGACCGGCCAGACCGGCCAGACCGGCGAGAUCGCGGCCAGCGCCCCUCGUGGCUGGAACUGGAGCACCUUCUAA